AUGGCGCGCCACUGGGUCGCGUUCCUCUGCGCCGCGCUGCUCCUCGUGUCACCAGUCUUGGCUCGUCGCGGGCCUGGAGGCACUGGGUGGGGCAACGCCGGUCAAGGCGGCGGCGGUAGCGGUCAGGGGGGCGGUAACGGUCAGGGCGGCGGUGGUAACGGCGGUAACGGUUACUCCUACGAUUACGCUGAAGAAAGUGACAACAGCAGCGACGACAGCACCGACGACAGCAUAAGCAGCAGCGACGACAGCAGUGGAAGCGACGACUAUUACGGUCCCGGACUUGGCAACGGCAGCGGCAACGGCGGCGGCGCUGGUGCUGGCGCUGGGUUUGGUCCGGGACCUUG